AUGCUUUAUUCGGACUCCGAGGAGUUUGACGUGAUCUUGGGGUUUGACACAGGAAAUACCAUCACUCAACUUCAUCUUAUGUCCAACUACUGCGACAAAGAAUUGAAGAACCUUAUGACUUUAGAGUCUGUUGAUUAUGGAAUACAACAGUCAACUCCAGAAUUCAUACCUUCUUCUUCUCAUAAUCAAAAGAUCAAGGUAAAGUUCUUAAUAGCAUCAAGAUGGAAGGUCCGAGAGUACUCUGCAGAGUUCUGGUUACAACCAUCCACUACCUUAUUCGAAGCUUGUAAUACUGCCAAUAGGCAACUCGCAUAUGAUUUGAAUGCUUCGAGUGAGUCCUCAAACAGAAAAUUAGCCAGUGGUUCAAAGGCGGUAACGUGUGAUGUGGUGUUCAUCAGGCCACGAGUUUUGGCUGGUGAUCUUAACCAGACGAUAGGCGAGGUAGUCACGGACCAGUUCUUGUGUUUUUCAAACUCCAUUGAUUGUUUCCGAAUUCAAGAAAAUUCUGAGUCGGUGCUAGCUUUUCAAGUUGUGGGAGGCAUUAUUGGUAUUUGCUUGGCCAUUCUUAUACUUGCAGUCGCCUGCGCCUAG